UACGAGACAUACCUUUAGUGCCAGUGAGUGAGUGAAAGUUUUUACAAUGGAUAAUUUGACUCAGAAAUUGUUUGAGUGUUUUGGCCACCGAAAAUUCAAAAGUGUACUUCAAGAACAAGCUGUAAGAGCUAUUGCUAGAGGAGUCCAUGAUGUCUAUGUGUCGAUGCCAACUGGUUCUGGGAAGUCUUUGUGCUUUCAAUUGCCGGCAAUGCUUCAGGAUAACAAAGUGGCUGUUGUUUUCUCACCAUUGCUGGCCCUUAUAAAAGACCAAAUUGAUCAUCUUGCUAAGCACAAGAUCGCUGCUGAAUCUAUAAACUCAAAAAUGUCUACAAAAGACAGAGAAAGUGUCAUAAAUGAUUUGAAGAGCAUGCGACCCAGCACAAGAUUUUUGUAUGUAACACCAGAACAGGCUGCAACUGGAACAUUUCAAUCUAUUUUUGACCAUCUUGUAAAGUACAAGAAAGUGUCUUAUGUUGUGGUUGAUGAAGCACAUUGCGUCAGUGAAUGGGGCCAUGAUUUUCGCCCUGAUUAUUUAAAAUUGGGCAAUUUGAGAGAGAAAUACAAGAGUGUCCCUUGGGUUGCUCUCACAGCCACAGCUAGUGCUGAGGUUGCUAAUGACAUUCUGACGAAUCUCAAGCUGUUGCAACCUGUUGCAAAAUAUAAAACACAAAGUUUCAGAAGGAAUCUCUAUUAUGAUGUUAUUUAUCAAAAUUGUAUUCAGGAUGAAGUUGGUCAUUUGCUAGAGUUUUUGAAGAAAAGUUUGGGCGCACAAGAUAAUGUGAAACCUAAAGAUAAAAAUGCUGUAAUUGUAUAUUGCCGGACACGUGAGCAGACAGAAGACAUAGCAAACAUGCUAACCAAGAAAGGGCUGCACUCACUGGCAUAUCAUGGAGGUAUGAAGUCUGUGGAUCGUAUCAGAGUGCAAGAGCAGUGGACACAGGGCGAGUAUCCAUGCGUGUGUGCAACGGUUUCAUUCGGAAUGGGGGUUGAUAAAGCAGCUGUCCGCGCCGUUGCACACUGGGGGCUUGCGCAGAAUGUCGCCGCAUAUUAUCAGGAAUCUGGCAGAGCAGGACGUGAUGGAAAGCCGGCAUUCUGCCGAAUCUAUUAUUGCACCAGAGAGAGGAAUGCUGUAGAUUUCUUACUCAAAACUGAAUUGGGUCGCGCGAAAACACCUGAGCAGAAGCAGCGUUGUAAAAACGCAUAUAGAAGUUUCGAAAUCAUGGUGAAAUAUUGUGAAGAAGUCAAAUGUCGUCACAAAACGUUUGCGGAGUACUUCGGCGAGGAACCCCCACGUUGCGUGGACCGCUGCGACGCGUGCGCAGACGAGCGCAACACGCGGCGUGCGCUGGAGCAGCAUCAGCGCCGCGCCAUGUCCGUGCGGCUCGAGCGCGCCGGCUUCGGCCCGGCCUCCGCUGCCGACGUCGACACGUCAGAUUUGUACGGCGAGGGCCGCGUGGGGCAGACACGUGACAUGGAAUCAUAUUACGGCGUAGCCAGCGACGAGUCUGACGGCGAAAGCAGCCGGCGCCGCGUGGCCGAGGAGACCCGCUCGCUCAUACAGAAAGAGUUCGCCAGCAGAAAAAAGCAAAGCGACAACAAGAGGCAAAACGAUGAGGAGUCUGCGAAAUAUUCCAAAUGCAAAGCGGCUGGCAGCACUGGAACUAAAGUGAACGGUUUGACUGUGGCAGUUCGAGAAGGGAAUCUUUCACUGCUCAUAGACGCUCUGAACAAUAAUUUAAAUAAUAUGAAGGAUACAGAUAAUCCCGAUAAGCCGUUGUCUCGUCACGACAUAGAACAGUGCGCAAUCGAGUUGGAGUACGAAAUAUUCUCCAGUAAUACUGUAAUAAGUCUGUACAGAAGGGCAAUCGUUAAACUGAUAUCUGCAAUAAAGUCUUGCAAAGACCACCUUUAUCCGAAACUGAAAAAUUUCGAGCCGAAAAAGCGAAAUACACUUGGUGAAUUUGUGAAAGACUUUGAAUCGAAACAGAAAAGUGAAAAAAGUCAUGCCUUUGUUACAGCUUCACAGUUGCAUUCUGCUAAUUUAUCAAGUAAAAAAGAGGCAAGAGCUGUGUCUAAAGCGGAAAAGGAAACGAAACGAAAAGCCAAUUCAUUUAAAAGAGACCUACUAACGCAAACAAAACUUCAGAAUUUCUUUAAAAAAGCAUCUGAUGAAUCGUGUCCGUCUACUCCGAUCGAAAGCGACGAGGACGACCAGGGUCUGGUCAUAGAUGAAAAUCUCAAUAAUAAUAGUGAUGAUACUACUUUAAAAUUAGAAGAAAUUGACAACUCAAUUAACUUACAUAAUGAAACCACUCUUAAACUCUAUGAUACCGAGAAUAAAUGCAAAGAAAAAUCCAUAGUAAUAAACAUAACUUUGCAAGGUGUAAGAAGUAGUGAGAAGAAUAUACAUAAAAAAGAAAAUGAUAAACUCAAGGCGGCAGGAGAAGAACUUCAGAAUAUUAAGCCAACAGCAAAGAGAAAAAUUAAGGCGCUAUUUGGUGAAUCAUCCGACAGCGAAACAGAAUUAGUCCCCAAAAAAGUUAAAAUUGAAAACCACUUCAAAUCUAGUAAAAACAGAGUCUCACAUUAUAAUAAGAAUUCAGAGAAAUCUGAAAAACAUAAAAGUUCACCUGAUAAGAAAAGAAAAAGACAUGAAAAGCAUGAAUCUAAAAAGGAUCUCAAUGUUACUAUCUCAGAUGCUGAAUCGGAAAAAGAAUUAGUCAUUGACGAAUCAGCAGAAUUAAGUCCUCGCAAAAGAUUGAUACAUUCAAAUGAAAUAGACAGUUUACUGAGCUCUAAAUCAGAAGAAAAAAGUUUAGAGGAUACUAUACAAUUGGAUAUCGAGAACGAAAACGUAAAAGCAAAUCAGUUGGAAAUUAGAAUAGAUGAAAAACCAAAUUUUGAGUUUAAAGAAACAUUAAAUAAUAGUGAUGAUCAAUUUAAUGUAAGUGUAGAGGAAGAAAAGCUGGACAAAGCACAUAGACUGAGUAAGGAAGCAGAAGAUGUGCUAGAAAAGUUAAAGAAAUUUUCAGAAUUGCCACUGACAUCCGCUGAGCUUAGUGUGGAGUCCAAACAGCUGGAGGCUAAAGAACCUUCUCCUGUCAAACAUGUGGAAAAAGAACCAUAUAAUCAUAAAUCUAAACAUAGUUUAACCUUAAGUAAAACAUCGAAACAACUCAUCGGUUCUAAUGGUCAUCACAAAGAAAAACAUCACAAGAUUGAAAAGCACGGUAAACCACAUAAGAAGGAAAAGAUAAAAGUGGAAACAGAUACCACAGAAAAUAAACAUCACAAAGAAAAUCAAGAAACUUCUAGUCACCAAGCGAAAGAAGGAAGUAAAGAUAAAAAGCAUAAUAAAAAAGAGACUGGAGCAAAGAAAGUAGAUCUAGCAGAGCUAGUGGUAAAGUUGUUGAUGCCGUAUUACAAACAUAAAAAGAUAAGCAGUAGGGAUCUGUUUAAAAUAACUGCGCGACACAUUGUGCAUCAACUGCUUGCGAUACAAGUCACAGAAGAAGCAGCAAUCAAUAUGUUGCUGAAGAAAGCCUUCAAAAAGGAGAUCAAGAUCGAAAACGAAAGUGAUUUAGUAGUUAAAUUAAAUUUAAGCAAAGACAUGUAAUUCUAUUAUAUUUAUAGUAAUUUAUUGAUUGAAUGGCAGCUUUCGCUGUUUGCCGUAUUGUUAUUUUUGUGGUUGUUUAAUAAAAGUAUUACAAUUUUAUUAUUAAAACUUAUAUCACUCUGAGUUGUAAUAAAACGCUUGGGUCGAGAAA